AUGGAUAUUACACCUGAACAAAAUUUACUUAGCUAAGUGGAUUCAGCAGGAAUUACUUAAGAAAAAUCGUUUUCUCACAUAGCAGCAACUACUGAUUAAAUUGAGUUAGCAUCAAUCGACAUGACUUGGCCUAAAGAAAAGAUCACAGAGGGAAUUAUGGAUCAACUGAGAAAUCUUGGAUUUUUACUUCUCACUAAUGUCCCAGGAUACAAUGAAGAUGAAUUAAAGCAUGCUUGCUAAUGGAUGUUCAAUUUAUCAGAAGAAGAAAAGAGAAAAUUGUAUUAACACCAUCACAAUCCUAAAAAUACUAACUAUUACCGAGGGUUGAGUCCAUUCAUUGCAAAUGAUGUCUCUCAUAAGGAAUUAUUUGAUAUGGGACUUGAAUAUUCUCAAGUUAGUGAUUAUGAAAAAAUAUUUUCACUUCAGGAAUAAACUCCUUUUCCAGAUGAUUAGGGAGAUGAUGGCUAGAAAUUUAAGACAUUCAUGCAUUAACAUUAUGAUAUAAUGCAAAAUCUAGGAGUUCAAUUAAUGUCUCAUAUUGCAGAUGGUUUCGGGCUUCCUUCGAAUUAUUUUGAGACUUGGUUUAAGGAUGAUCCCUGCUCAACUUUGAGACUGAUACAUUAUUUACCUAGAAAAGCUAACGUCGUAGCUUGUGACAAACUUACAGAGGAGGAAUUAAAAUUGACCACACCUGAACAUACCGACUCAGGGUUUUUGACAUUGCUUUCAACAUUUAACUAUCCUGGUUUACAGGUAGAUAUUGGAGGUGGUGUUUAUAAGUCUAUAAAGCCAGUACCAAAUGUUUUAGUAGUGAACAUAGGAACAAUGCUCUCGAGAAUAACUAAUAAUGAUUUGAAGGCUACAUGGCACAGAGUUUUAGACAUAGGUGUUGAUAGAUAUUCAAGUCCUUUCUUUUUAGAACCUAAGUAUUCAGCAGAAAUCCCAUAGUAGCUGGAUCCAUCAUUGAUGACUGAAGAAUAAAAGAACAAUAAAUUAGUUUAUGGAGAUUGGUUGAUUGAAAGCAUUAAAAGAUUCGCAGAAUUUGCCAAUUUCUAAAAAACUAAGCCAACUCUUUCUGAUCUCCAAGCACAGAUCUAAUUAGAUUAGACAAACUGA